AUGGCAUUAAAAUGCGGAAUAGUUGGCUUGCCCAACGUAGGAAAAUCUACUUUAUUUAAUUGUUUGUCAAAUGCGAAAGCUCAAUCAGCAAACUUUCCUUUUUGUACAAUAGAACCUAACUUAGGAACUAUUUCUGUACCAGAUAAUCGCCUUACUGAGCUAGAGAAAUUAGUCAAUCCUGAAAGGGUUAUGCCUACUACAAUAGAAAUAGUAGACAUUGCCGGGUUAGUUAAAGGAGCAAGUAAAGGAGAGGGGUUAGGGAAUCAAUUUUUGGCUAACAUUAGAGAAACAGAUGCUAUUAUUCACGUAUUAAGGUGUUUUGAUGACGAUAACAUUGUGCAUGUAGAUGGAAACGUAGACCCAGUGAGGGAUAAGGAAGUAAUUGAUAUAGAAUUACAAUUGAAAGAUCUUGAGGCAGUAGAAAAUAAGAUAAAAACAAUUUCACGUGCUGCAGGAACAGGGGAUAAAAAAGCAGUUAGGCAAAAUGAAAUUUUGACUGAGAUGAAGAGUAAAUUGGAAGCGGGUAAAUCGGCAAGAGAGGUCAUUGUAGAAGCUGAAGAUGAGGUGAAAUUUGUAAAAGAAUUACAAUUGCUAACGACCAAACCAGUACUUUAUUUAUGUAACGUAGAUGAAGGUUCGGUUUCUACAGGAAAUAAAUAUGUUGAACAAGUAAAGGAAGCAGUAAAAGCAGAAAACGCGGAAGUUCUUUUCUUAGGUGCAGCUAUAGAAGCUGACAUUAAUGAAUUAGAAUCGUAUGAAGAUCGCCAAGAGUUUUUGACAGACAUGGGAUUGGAGGAACCUGGAGUGAAUAAAUUAAUCACGAGUGCUUAUAAAUUAUUAAACUUGAGUACAUACUUCACCGCUGGAGUUAAGGAGGUAAGAGCUUGGACUAUUACUGCUGGAAUGACUGCUCCCCAAGCAGCUGGAGUUAUUCAUACUGAUUUUGAAAAAGGAUUCAUCCGAGCGGAAGUAAUUAAAUAUGACAAUUUCAUAGAAUAUGGUUCUGAAUCUAAAGUAAAAGAAGCCGGUAAAAUGGGGGUGGAAGGAAAAGAUUAUGUGGUGGAAGAUGGAGAUAUUAUGCAUUUUAGAUUUAAUGUUUAA